AUGACCACCCGCGACAGCAUCCAAAUCGACGCCACCGAGCUAGAGCAGGACCAAGUCCAAGAAGAAGCUCUGACCGAUGGCAUGGCUCUCUCGUUCGUCGACGAGAUGAACACGGCUUUCUUCGGCCCUUCGUCUAACAUCGCGUUCACGCGCCAUAUUCUGCGGGCGAUGGCGAGGAGUAUCAACCAGCCUAAGCCGCCGCCUACGCAUCGCUCGAGUAUGAGUGGAGGGAUUCUGGACUAUUCGAGGGCUCCGUCGCCCACGAGUCCGGGUGAAGCGGCGGCGUCGAAGCAGAAGAUCAAUGUUUAUGAGCUGCCGCCGGUCGCUGAGAUGGAAGAGCACAUCGAAAUCUACUUCCUCAACACCGGCAUCCUCUUCCCCUUCAUCCACCAGCCCUCCUUCAUGCGCACCUACCACGAGUUCAAAGCGUCCUCCUUCACGCGCAUCCGACAAGCCUGGCUCGGUCUGCUCAACAUCGUUAUGGCGAUGGGCUGCGCGCUGGGGCCGAGCGAGGAUGGUAGUGUGAGAGGGCCGAGGGCUUUUAGCUUUUACGAGCGAGCGGUGGCGUUGGCGGCGAAGCCGAGUGUGAGGGGCCCGAAUUUGGAUGUGGUGCAGUAUUUGUUGUUGGCUAGUCAGUAUUUGCAGGGGACGCAGAAGAGUAGUGAGUUUUGUUCUGGUGCUGGAGGAGUACAGAGCGGAAGCUGA